AUGGAUGAUAGCACUGCACCCAUUACUGUGUGCUAUGGUGGGAAUUUUGUUACUGGAGAAGUGUGGAAAUAUGUUGGAGGAAGUGUUGCUGUUGUUAGGAGAUAUCUGUAUGAUGAUGGUAGUGUGAGAGAUCUAGUUUACCAUUUUCUUCAUCAUCAUGAGGUUUAUGUGUAUGUUGAAACUGUUGGUGCUGAGUAUGAGGAAAUAGUGUUGGAAGCUGGUAUUGAAUCUGAGGUUGGUGAUAGAUCUGUUUUAGAGCAAGAUCGGAUAUCUGAGGACACCGAGGCUUCCCUCACAGCUCGUGUGCUAGAGAUAUGUGAGCAACUUGAGAAAAGUGGUGGCUUAGGUGAUGAUGAAGAGGAGACGCUGCCUGAAUCAUCGAGUAUAAUCAAUUUGGGUUCUUGGGAUGUUGCACUGUCCAAUGAUGACGAUGAGGAAACAUUACUGCAUACAAUUUACGAGAGUGAUGUUGAUGAUGAAGACAUUGCAGUUGCAAGGGAAGAAGUGAGGGCAUAUCAGCAAGGAAGGAAAGCAUCAAUUGGGGUAGUGGAUGAGGGCACUUCAGUAAAUCAGGAUUGUGGAGCUCCAACGGCAGAUCGUGAUGAUACGGAAUAUGAGCAAAGUGGUGACAACGGCAGUAGCUCAGAGGAUCGUGAUAACGAAGAUGUUGCAGCUCAGCGUACAAUUAGAAGAAGGUAUCCUUCUUAUAAUUCAACCGAUACAAGUCCUAUGCUUUGCUUAUCGAUGAGUUUUGAUGAUGCCAAACAAUUUAGAGAAGCUAUUGUGAGGGACUCAAUCACUCAUCAAAGGAAUAUCAAAUUCACUAGUAAUACCAAGGAUUAUGUUAGAGCAAUAUAAUGAGUAGGGUUGGUGGAAUCAUACGGUGCUCACUAUGCUAUCGGGAAGGGCACAAUAAGGUUGGUUGUCCAAAUAAGAAGCAGCAACAGCGACAAGAGCAGACAACACAGGCCAAUGAUACAGGGGUACCUCAGGGAGCCACACAAAGUAAUGAUGGGGAACUAAGUGGGCCAACUCAGUCCAACAUUGUACAGCCGAGGAGCAAAAUUCAAGUAAGCUCUUUGUUAAGGAUAUUCCACGUGCAUGUAGUUGUUUGUGAAUUAACCUCAUUCUGUUAUGUCAUUUUGCAGAUUAGAAAAAGACCAAGUGGAGGUGUUUCC